GAACUUUGGAGAAGAAUGUGUAAACUUAAUCGGGCAGGUGUGGCUUUGUUGUUACUGUGGGGAUAAGCGUCGCUCUUAGCAUCGGAUUGUGUUACAUUACAUUGCCCGUCACACUGUUACAACAUCUUUAUUGCAUAGCUAACACAUCUACAGAAAGACACCAUGGAGCUGUCAGCAGUGAACCUGUACAACCAGUUUGAGAGUCUCAGAGCCCAGGUCGACGGCCUGAAUGAGAGCAUUGAACCACAGUUCCUCCAGAUGGCAGUGAACUUUGAGGAUUGCCGCAAGAAAUGGCUGCAGGCAGGUGAGGAGCUAGUUUCCUGUAAGGAGAUGCUGGCUAAAGUGGAGACGGACAGGGGAGCCUUGGAGGUCAAACUAAAACACGCUCGAAACCAGGUGGACGUGGAGAUCCGCCGGCGGCAGAAAGCUGAGGCCGUAUAUGAGAAACUAGAGCGACAGCUACAGCUGAUCCGAGAGCUGCUGGUUUCAGAGAACAAUGGUGGCAGCGUCCUCCUCAGUGAGGAACAGCGUUCAGCCCUGGCCUUCCUCAAUGCCCACUCCCAGGCAGCACAAGCUGCAAAGAGCAACCUCAACUCCAGCCGAAGACUGACUACUAUUGAUGAAUCAGCUUCUUUGCUGUCAGACAUCAGCUACGACCAUACGGAUGACUCUUUGGACUGGGAUUCAUCUGUGAUGAAGAAUGUUAGACUGCGCAGGCGACAGAAACGACGUUCCUCCAGAAAACCUUCAGAAGGUCACUUGCAGGCAGUGAAGAAGCCUCGCUCUACUGGAUGCCCAUCAGAUAGGAUGAAUGAAUCCAUUGUGGCCAAAACAACCAUCACUGUACCUGUAAAUGGUGGUGCUGUUGAGGCUGUCUCCACCAUUGAGACCGUGCCCUACUGGACGCGCAGCAGAAAGAAGAGCGUUGCUCCAUCUUGGAUUGAUACGCCGACUACUGACAACUCUGAAACUGUCAGCGAGGCUCCCAGAACACCUGUUUCAGAAUUCCCAGCCCAACUCCAGACUCCCAAAACUAAUGAAGGAGGAAAGAAACAUCACUUCAUCUCCAAAACAGUGAUCCGGUCAGAGUUUUGUGUGUCAUGUGGAAGAAGAACAAAGUUUGGCAAGCUGUAUCUUCGCUGCCAGGACUGCAGGGCUGUGGCCCAUCCUGAAUGUCGUGACCUGUGUCCCAUGCCCUGUAAUCCUACUGCUCUUAAUACUCCUGUCAAGAACACAGAGUCUACUCUGGCUGACUUUGCUCCACUCACUGCUCCAAUGAUCCCUGCUUUGGUUAUCUACUGCAUUAAGGAGAUUGAAAAAAGAGGCCUACAUGAGGUUGGCCUGUACAGAGUCUCUGGCCAUGAGCGUGUGGUGAAAGAGCUGAAGGAAAAGCUCAUUAGAGGAAAGACUCUACCUCCUCUUAACAAAGUCGAAGACAUCAAUGUCAUUGCAGGCGUCCUCAAAGACUUCCUCAGAAACCUUCCAGAGCCACUGCUCACCUUCCACCUCAACAACGCCUUCAUGGAAGCAGCGGAAAUCCAGGAUGAUGACAACAGUCUUGCUAUGUUGUAUCAGACGAUGAGUGAGCUGCCUCAACCAAACCGAGACACACUGGCCUGUGUGAUGAUCCAUCUGCAGAAGGUGUCUCGAAGUGUGGACACCAGGAUGGAUGUAAAUAACCUGGCCAGGGUGUUUGGCCCAACCCUUGUAGGUCAUGCUGUUCCUAAUCCAGACCCUAUGACCAUCCUGCACGACACCAACAGGCAACCAAGGGUUAUAGAGCGCUUGCUCAGUAUUCCAGACAGCUAUUGGAGCCAGUUUGCUUAUCCAGAUAAUGCAAGCAUUGACAAUGCUCACAACACUGACACUCCAAACCACAAAGUGAGCAUACUGGGGCCAGUAACUACUCCAGAGCACCAGAUGAUGGCCAAAACACCUUCCUCCAGUUCACUGUCUCAGCGCAUGAAGCACACCCUCUCCAGUACCACCUUAUUUGGGAGCAAGAGCAAAGCGACAUCGGCCUGUAAUCGCCAGGGAAGCUUCUUUGCUUCCCCCCAGCUGAAGUAAUGGUAACGAAAGAAAAACCCCUCACUACAUUAAGCUUCUAGGUUACUUACUGCAGUAAAUGAAUAUAUAUGUGUAUUUAUAUAAUCAUGUUGGAAUAUGACUAUGCAAAUUUAGCACAAUAACUUUACCAAUUUAAUUACUGAAGAUAUUUUUUUUUAAGAAAGCUUUCUAACAAGAUUUUUGUUCUUUUCAAAAGAUGAGAGAAUGUAGAAUUUUUUUGUUGUUUUUGUAUCUUUAAUCACUAAUGUUUUAUUAUUGGCUCCGUCUCUGAUUAUAAGAGUUUUUAAUGACCGAGCAACCAUACUCACACUAAUUUAGGGAUUGAGAUUUCCUACUUCAUGUGAUGUUUAAUGCUGUUUUCAAUGCUGCCUCCCCCCCCCCUUCCUGAACAUGUGGUUGUAACCACAGUUACAUGGAUGCAUCAUAGACCAUAAGAAAGUCAUUGGUAUGCAUCAGCACACAUGAAAAGCACACAGAGCUAGAAUGAACAAAGAGGUGAGAAUCGCUAAUAUUGGCUAGUAUGUUUUUAUUUUUUUGUUGAGAGCAUUGGUUGCCGUAUCAUUAAAACAUUUGUUUUAAUGAUUUUAUGGUUUGUUUUAUAUAUUCAUGUUGACACACUCUGAUCUUUACCAAUCAUGGCAUUUUUUUGAGAAAAACUUUCAAAUACUUAAAAAAUAUAUUCUGUGUAAACACUGAUACCCGUUGGGAAAUUAGAAUGCUUUUUGCACACUGUAAAAACCAAAGUGUAUUUUCUACAUGGUAACAUUUACCACUAGAGGCUGCUGUUGCACUACUUUCCAUAUGCAAUUGUAACCUAUAAAGACACCAUACUGUAUACUGUGUACGUAAUCAGUCAGAAAUCAUGGCACUCCUUUCAUUUAAUAUAUCAGCAGAUAUUUAGAAGUUACUCUACUAACGUGGGAUGGUUAAGUCAAGAGAUCUGUGACUCUCAUUUAUGCGGUCAUAACAAAAUAAAGCUUCAGCUGUUUUAAUGUAUUACUGUGAAAACUCAUUUGCAUGCAUGCACAGUGAAGUAUUUGUAGCUUUCUUGCACCAUUAGACUAACGAUAAGAAAAGUCAGUCUUGUGCUCUCAUCAUCACCUGUAGCAAAUCUCUGUGUGAUAGUACUGGUUCAAAUAAAGGGAUUUUGGGUGAGAUAUUCAUUUGGAUAAAAACGGAAACAUUUUGACUUAUGAAAACUACAUCCUGCUGUUUGUGGUUGUAAGAAUCCUGUAAUACUGCAUUAUUUUAUGCAUAUUUGAUACAUCCUUGUACAUGUAUUCCUUCAUGUGGUUCUUUUUCUCUAAUGAAAUAACGUGUAAAUGAUUGUCAUUCAUCAGAGAGCCUGUGAAUCUUAACAUUUAUCUCUUUGUCUUUGCUCAUAUAACGUGGAAGUCAAUGCCUGAACUAAAAAUAAAACGCAAAGAGUGUU